CAGUGUUGUUUUUGUUUUCAAAGUGUGCGGUUGUGCGGUCGGUCGUUUUGAAAAUCUAAAGGAAAAUCUGAAAAUCGCAUACAAAUUUUUGAGAAACGAAUCUUGAAACAAAAUCGUAAUCAAAUUGGUAAAAAAGUAUGGCAAAAUCUAAAGGCAUUUCUCAGAUCAAUUAUAAUGCUAUGAAAAUAUUUUCGCCAUUCUGAAUUUGUUUGUGUUUCGUGUGUGUGUUUUUUGUGUGUCGGGUAUUCGCGCGCGGUAAACCCAAAAAGUAAACAACGAAAGAGGUGAAAAAAAGCAAAGCAAAAUGAAAUAAAAUUAAAUUUAGUUAAUGUAGAUUUUUGUGGAAUCUUGUGUACUAGUAGUGAGUGUGUGUGUGUACGUUGGUGCAUGUUGGUGUGAGUGUUUAUAAAAUAUUUCAAAUCCCGGCCAAGCAAAUAAACAAACAGCAAAAGGCAAACAAAAACAAAUAACAACAACAACAAUUUUGCGGCCAAAAUGCCGGCGACAGCGAAUUUGUUGGUGUUGUUGUUGCUGCUGCUUGUGUCCGUCGUGAGUGUUGUUGUUGUGGAUAGCAAGAAAAUUGUGUUGUUGCAACAACAGCAACAGCCGCAGCAGCAACAGGAGUCUACCGAAUCCUCCACAACGCUGAGGCCGUUAACAGAUAGAGGUCCCUGUCCAGGCUGGUAUUUCACAUGCAAUGAUGGCUCCUGCAUACCAAUGCGCUGGAAAUGUGACUCAAAACCGGAUUGCACGGAUGGCUCUGAUGAGACCAGCGAAUGUGACAAGGCGCCCAAAUGCAACGAGGGGCAAUUUCGUUGUGGUAAGAGCUUAAAAUGCAUACCCCACAAUUGGUAUUGCGAUGGAGAAUAUGACUGCGGCAAGGGCGACACCAGCGAUGAAACGAACUGUCUCGAUGAUGUUGCGCCCAAGUGUCGUGGUUUUGAGGGUAAAUGCCAUAAUGGCGCCUGCCUGGAGUUGUCGCGUUUCUGCGAUGGCCACUGGGAUUGUGAUAACGAUGAGCUGCAAUGUGAUAAACAAAAUGCAGCCUGCGCUGCAUUAAAUUGCAGCUACAACUGCAAAUUGACGCCUCAUGGGGCACGUUGCUAUUGCCCCCAGGGCCAAGUGCCAGAAUCGGCCAACUCGACACGCUGCAUGGACUAUGAUGAGUGCAGUGAGACGGGAACUUGUGAUCAAAUAUGCCGCAAUACGCCGGGCUCCUAUGAAUGCUCUUGCGUUUCCGGUUAUGCCAAAGCGAAUGGUCGACAUUGUUUGGCCAUCAAUGUGCCUCCCAGUGAAUCAGCCAGCCUGGUAUUACUAUCCUUAAGCGAAAUACGUCGCAUUAAUACUGCUAGUGAUAAACACAAUGGUAACAAGAGCAAUGUUGCCAAAUCAGAACAUCUAGAGAUCACAGGAACUUUGCUGUCCACUCAACCGGUGCAUCAUGUUCAGGCAUUUGAGGUGUGGCAUCGUAAUCGUACACUCUGCGCCUUGCAUAACGACUGGUCGGACCUGAGUAUGCAAUGCCAGCGCAUUGAUGAUGUUCAAGUUAAUUGGACAUUGCCCCUAUCAGAGUUCAUUUUGCCCCAACAAUUUUUGGCCGAAUUACGCCUGGAUUGGUUAUCGGGUAAUUGGUAUUUACUAAAUGCGGACGAAAGCCUACUCUAUCUCUGCACCAAUGCCAUGACCUUUUGUCGCCUGAUACUGCAGCAAGCUGCAAAUCUCUCAUCAUUAGUAUUGGAUCCAACAAAGGGAUUUCUAUUCUAUACAGAUUGGUCACCCAGUUUGGCUCGUUCAUUGCUUGAUGGCACAAAUAGCACCACAUUGGUGCGAACAGAAAUCUAUCAUCCCAGUUGUGUUACAUUGGAUUUGGCCAGUGAAUAUGUAUACUGGAUAGAUUUGUAUAAAGAUGUCAUUGAACGGGUCACAUAUGAGGGCAAGAAACGUUGGACAUUAAAAAAAUCACCAGAUUCUGCGGCUCCAUUGAAAACCAUUCAGGCCCUAGAGGUAUUUGAGAAUACAAUUUAUUUGGCACCCUGGUCGGAUAGAGCUAUCGUUACGCUGGACAAAUUCACACUAAAAGCGCGUCUCCUGUUAGCCAACGAGAGUCGUGCAACAAAUUUUCGUAUUUUCCAUCGCCAAAAGCAACCCGAGGUGGCGCAUCCGUGCCGCGAGAACAAUGGCAAUUGCAAUCAGAUUUGUGUUCCAAUGUGGACGCGAGGAUUUGCCAGCGCCAAGUGUCUAUGUACAGCCGGCUAUAAAUUGCACAAUCAGACGACCUGUUUGCUGGCCGCCCACGAUAAAUUUCUGGUAUACAGUGACAAGCGUUUGGCUCGCAUCACCGGUAUACCGCUAAGUACCGAGCAGGUGCAACAAUUGUAUGAUCUUGGGGAAGAGCCCGAUGUAAUGGUACCCAUUAACAAUGUCCGUGAACUGGAAGCCAUCGAUGUGAAUGUGCGUGGUAAAUCUGUAUUCUAUGUGGUCGCUCAUGUAUCGGUAAAUAGUACAGAACUUGCGUAUAGCAUAAAGAGUAAAUCACUAAAUGGCAGUGUAUCGCGUACAUUGAAUGAGGGUUUGAAAAAUGUUCAUGCCAUUGCCUAUGAUUGGAUAAAUGAGCAUGUAUAUUGGGCGGCAAGUCAGAAACUUCAAGUGGCCCCAUUGAGUAAUAUGAGUAAAAUUCUAAGCCUCAGUAUGGACUGUGAUGCCAUGUCACUAGAGUUGGAUCCAACAACAGGCCUACUCUACUGGACCCAAUGGGCAUUUCAAUCAUGUGAGGCUGGCAUCUAUAGUGCCUGGAUGGAUGGAACACAUAAGGAACUGUUAACUAAAGGCACCAAUGAUUUACCAAUUCAAUGGCCACGUAGUUUAGAUGUUGAUCGACGUACAAAAAGAAUCUAUUGGUGUGAUUUUCAUUUGGGUACCAUUGAGCGCAUCAAAUUAGAUGGUACUGGUCGAGAGAUACUCUUCAAAUCGGAACAAUUUCAACCAUAUUCAAUGGUUCAACACAAUGGCAUGAUCUAUUGGGUGGAUAAUAAAAAUUCAUCGAUAUGGCGUUUUCAUAUACUACAUCAUGCGAAUGUCAGUACGACAUUUAGUUCCACCGUGCAUAUGCAGCAGAGUGGACGUUCGGCUGAUUUGCGUAUCUUUGAUGUGGCUACACAACCGCUGCCACAAACACCCAGUGCCUGUGCCCAAUCCAAAUGUCCGGGCAUGUGUCUGAAUACACCGAAAGGAGCGAUUUGUCGUUGCCCGGAUGGGUAUACACUGAAUGGUACAGGAACUCACUGCAUACCCCAGUUGGCCCCCUCAACGGCCGUGUCGCCGGGUCGUACGAAUUGCACUUCCGGUUUCCAGUGCCGCGGCACACGACAAUGCAUUGACGGCAAGGAUUUAUGCGAUGGUUUCGAAGAUUGUGAUGAUGGUAGUGACGAGAGUAAUGAUCCGACGGGUCCCUGCAAUCCACAGGGCUGUGACCAGACUCUACAUUUUGUAUGCAAUGGACGGUGUUAUCAGAGGGCAUUGCUAUGCAGUUCGAUUGCCUACUGUUCGGAUGGAUCGGAUCAAUUGAAUUGCGAGCACAUAACAUGCAAUAGCAAUGAAUUUACAUGCGAGAAGAGUGGACGUUGUAUUCAGUUAAGUUGGGUCAAUGAUAAUGUUGUCGAUUGUGGACCCAAUGAUGAUUCCGAUGAGUCAUCGGAUGUAUUCUUUGGCAGCAAAUGUCCGGAAUUCGAUUGUGGCAAUGGUAGAUGUCGGCAAUUUGCCGAUGUUUGUGAUGGCAUCGAUAAUUGCGGAAACAAUGCCGAUGAAUUUGCCUGCGAACACGAGUGCGGACAUGGCGAACGAUAUUGUCGACCCAUUGGCUGCUAUGGUGAGAUGCAUCGCUGUGAUGGCAUAUUCGAUUGUCAGGAUUAUAGCGACGAGGAUAAUUGCAAUGAGACGAAGAGUGACAAUCAUCCGCUUACCGGUUGGAAGGAGCUUGGUGAAUGUGCUCCAUUUGAGUUCGCCUGCUCGGAUCCGUUCGAAUGUAUACCGGAUUUCCUACGUUGUGACGGUAUUCCGCACUGUUAUGACAAAACGGAUGAGAACAAUUGCACGGAAUUGCAUGCAACACAUUUCGACAUGAACGAGACGGUGAUAUGUGAGCAUCCAGAUCGUUUGUGCGGCUUCACCAACAAAUGCAUAACAGUGACUCAAUUGUGCGAUGGUAAAAAUGACUGUGAAGACACCACAGAUGAGGGUUUCCUUUGUGCGGAUAAAUUGUGUGAACAAUUUAAUGAAUGCUCGCAUCAUUGUCAUAAUACCCCAGAGGGUUAUAUAUGCUCGUGCCCGGCUCACUUGUUCCUGCAACCGAAUGGCAAGCGUUGUAGUAUGCAACAUGCCUGUGAUAAUUGGGAUACAUGCUCACAGGUGUGUGAAACAAAGGGCAAAGGUUAUCAGUGUCGUUGCCUGGAGGGUUAUGACUUGGCCUAUGAUAAAUUUACAUGUAAAAGUACCGCACCCGAUGAACCAUAUGUGAUCUUUACAAAUCGUCAAGAUAUACGUGGCAUUAAUUUAAAGAAUAUGGCUGUAAGCAGUUUCUAUUCAUCAUUACGGAAUAUCAUUGCUCUGGACUUUUUAUAUAGCAACGAGUCAAGUGUGGAGAUCUAUUGGACCGAUGUUAUCGAUGAUAAAAUCUAUCGUGGCCAAUUGGUGGGCGAGAGUUUAAGAGAUGUCGAAGCAGUCAUCCAUUCGGGUUUAUCUACAACCGAAGGUUUGGCCGUCGAUUGGAUAGGAAAGAAUUUGUAUUGGAUUGACUCGAAUCUAGAUCAAAUUGAGGUGGCCAAACUAAAUGGCAGUUUCCGUAGAACUUUAAUUGCCGGAAAUAUGGAAAGUCCAAGAGCCAUUGCUUUAGAUCCACGUGAGGGUUUACUUUUCUGGACCGACUGGGAUGACAAUUCACCGCGCAUUGAACGCUGCAGCAUGGCUGGCGAGGGUAGACGUAUGAUCUCAACCACCUGGCAAUUGAGUGCCGGUUGGCCUAAUGGUCUAACCCUUGACUAUACCCAGAAACGUGUCUAUUGGGUAGAUGCCAAAUCGGAUUCAAUAAGCAGCACCAAAUACGAUGGUUCCGAGCAUCAUGUUGUUUUGAGGAACAAAGAAAUUCUCUCACAUCCUUUCGCCAUUUCGGUAUUUGAGAAUUAUGUAUAUUGGACAGAUUGGCGUACAACAUCAGUGAUUAGGGCCAAUAAAUGGAAUGGCAGUGAUGUGGAGGUCUUACAGCGUACACAAUCUCAACCAUUUGGUAUACAAGUACUCCACUCAAGUCGUCAGCCGUGGGAAAAGAAUCCUUGUGGCGAUAAUAAUGGCGGUUGUUCGCAUCUUUGUCUGCUCAGUGGUAAAGGCACCUUCAAGUGUGAAUGUCCGCAUGUUAUGCGUCUAGAUCCAACCGAUGAACGUAAUUGUGUGCCCAAUGAGCAGGUAUUACUCUUUGUCAUGGGCGAUGAGAUUAGAGGAAUUGAUCUACAGCAACCAAAUCAUCAUACCAUACCCACCAUAAGACAAUCUCCCAGACUGGUGGCACCACAACGCAUUGAUUUCCUGGUCGAAGAUAGUCGCAUCUUUUGGACAGAUGUGCAACAGAAUGAAAUAUCCACAGCAGGCAUAUCGAAUGGUUUAAUUGAACCCAUCAUUAAUACAAAUAUUGAGAAACCUUAUGGUUUUGCCAUCGAUUGGAUAGCCAAACAUAUGUACUUCUCCUCGGGAGAGACCAAAUGUAAUAUAUUGGCAAGUAAUCUAAAAGGAGAAUAUGUCAUGCAUAUCCUAGAUGAUCUGAAUAUGGUAGAAAGUAUUGCUGUUGAUCCACCCAACGGCAAAUUAUAUUGGAUACAUUCAUCGGCACAUGGCGAACUCUCGCAGUUAGAGCAAGCCAAUCUUGAUGGCUCUGGACGUCAAUUAAUCUAUGAGCAUGCAAAUAUUUUACAAAGUUUAACCAUGGAUUUUGAUUCGCAACGUUUGUAUUAUGCCUAUGAUCUAUCGGGUAUUGCCUACUAUGAUAUUGUUAAGAAUGAAACGCAUAAAGUGCUAGUGGCCAGUCAAAUAACAUCAGUUAGCUCACUGACAGUGUAUAAUGGUAGCCUAUAUUUCCCGGAAAAUAUUCAGAGUGUGAUAAUGCAUUGCGAGAAAGAAGCCUGCUCCAAUAUGUCCUUCCUAAGAGUCAAUACAAAGAGCAUACAGAGUAUGAAAAUGUUUUAUGGUGAUGCUCAGACGGGGACAAAUACCUGUGCUGGUCCCUUGCGUGGCGGUUGUGAACAUCUUUGCAUGGCCAUUUCACCCACCGAACAUGUUUGUCGCUGUGCCUUGGGCUAUGAUGUGGAACCCAAUAAUCCCACACGUUGCAUACCUCGUGCUGAAUUUAUAUUUUAUUCCAUUGAUGUGCUCCAGGGAGUGGAAAUGAUUGAUCCUAGUGAAGAGUUUGAAAAGCCUCCAUCGGCUCUUGUGCCAAUUUCUCGUAUAAGUUCGGCCAGUUUUAUAGAAUAUCAUGCUGCUACGGAUAUGCUUUAUUGGGGUGACAAUGAACUGGGAACCAUCUCUCGUGUACGUCGUGAUGGUACACAGAGAAAGACCAUUCUAUCGGCCAUCAAUUUGGCGGGUUAUAAGCAACAGGAUUGGCUCGGCGGCAUAGCCAUCGAUUGGGUGGCCAAUAACAUCUAUUGGAGUGAUACCAAACGUAAUCUCAUUGAAGUGGCACGACUGGAUGGUAGCAAUCGUUAUGUUGUUGUGGCAAAUGUAGAGAAACCCACAGCAUUGGCUGUAGAUCCUUUGCAAGGAUUACUCUUCUAUGUCACACAACAGUAUAUCGGCAGAGUUGGUCUCGAUGGUAGUCAACCAUUUAUUUUGGUCAAUCAAACGCGUAACAAUUGGGCGGUAAGCAGUUUAAUCUUGGACAUGGAAGCCACUAAAGUAUAUUGGUGUGAGAGAUAUCCAGAUGCCUUGAUGAAAGUCGACUAUGAUGGUAAUCUGAGGCAAGUGUUGCUCAACGAAAGUCUUAAUAAUCCUGUGGCAUUGGCCAAAAUGGGUGAUUACCUAUAUUGGGCAGAAAAUAAAUACAAUGAGGGCAACAUAAGAGUAGCUCCUCUAGCGAAUCUCAGUCAAUCGAAGCAAGUUCUACAAACGCAACAGGAUGCCAUAAGAGAUUUAAAGAUCUACUCGAAGAGAAUACAGAGGGGCAGCAAUCCAUGUGCCCAGAAUAAUGGUGGAUGCGAGCAGCUAUGCCUUUAUAAUGGCACCAGUGUGGUAUGUGCCUGCUCGCACAGUCGUCUGGCCGCCGAUGGCUUCAGUUGUGAACCCUACGAUAAUUUCCUACUCUUCAGUUAUCGCAGCAAUAUCGAAAGUAUACACAUGACCGAGCAUGCCAAUAAGAAUUGGCCCGUUCAGCUCAUUUCGAAUACCACUCUGAUGCGUAAUGUUAUAGCCAUUAGCUAUAACUAUGAGGAGCAAGUGGUUUACUAUUCGGAUGUCCAAUUGAGCACCAUCAAUCAAGUUCAUUUUAAUGGCAGUGGUCAACGUGUUUUGGUAUCGCAACAAGGACGUGUCGAGGGUUUGGCCUACGAUAUGGUGAAUGAACAACUCUUCUGGACUUCAAAUAAUGAUGCAGCGAUUAGAAGUUUAGAGCUAAUCCAUCUCUCUAAGUCGGCGGAUGAUAACCUGAAGCAUGUGAAGAAUAUACUCAGCCUGCAGGUGAAGGAUAAACCCAGGGGCAUAGCUGUGGAGCCGUGUUUGGGCAUGAUCUAUUGGACCAAUUGGAAUGAAGAAUCGCCGAGCAUACAGCGAGCAUAUCUAAGUGGUUAUGGAGUGGAGCGCAUCAUUAAGAAGGAUAUUAAAAUGCCAAAUGCCUUGACAUUGGAUGUGGAGCAGCAGCAAUUGUAUUGGGCCGAUGCACGACUGGAUAAGAUCGAGCGCGCCAACUAUGAUGGCAGUAAUCGUGUCGUUUUGGCCCAUUCCACGCCCAAGCAUGCCUUUGCCAUGGCCGUUUAUGGAGAUUUACUCUUCUGGACCGAUUGGGUGCUACAUGCCGUGGUCAGGGCCAAUAAAUAUACCGGCACAGAUGUCCUAUUCCUGCGUGAACAUGUGGCCCGACCCAUGGGGAUUAUUGCUGUCCAGAAUAGUAGCAUCAAUUGUGAUGCAAAUCAAUGUAAAAUUCUAAAUGGCCUCUGCGAAGAUGUGUGUAUAUUAAGUAAAAGUGGUCUGGCCACCUGUCAUUGCACUCAGGGAGUCCUGGCAGCGGAUGGACGUCGUUGCAUUGCUCCUGUGCAUACAACAUGUGGCAAAUCUCAAUUCAAUUGCCACUCGGGCGAAUGUAUACCCCUCGAGUUGACCUGUGACAAUGUUACCCAUUGUCUGGAUGGUUCCGAUGAGGCGCGCAGCUAUUGCAUUUUCCGUCUAUGUCCCGAGGGGCAUUUCAUGUGCCAGAAUCAUCGUUGCAUUGGCCAGGAGCAGACAUGUGAUGGCUUGCAGCAGUGUGGCGAUGGUUCCGAUGAGACGGCCCUGCUCUGCAAGUGCCAGCCCGAUCAGUUCCGUUGCGGCAGCGGCGAGUGCAUCGCUCGUAGUUUCCUUUGUGAUAAUAUGCGGGAUUGUCGAGAUUUCAGUGAUGAGAAGAUGUGUCCGCCACGCACUUGUGAUCAGGGAGAUACCACCUUUGAGCAUUGCGCCAAUUCGACCAUUUGCAUAAUGCCCAGUUGGCGUUGUGAUGGCGAACCAGAUUGUCCGGAUGCCACCGACGAGGAGGGAUGCGCCAAUAUCACACGGAUCAGUUGUAGUAUUGGUCAAUUCACUUGCGCCAAUGGAGGAUGUGUGGCCGGCGCUUGGCGUUGUGAUGGCGAACCGGACUGUUCCGAUGGUAGCGAUGAAUCGGGUUGUCGCACAUCUUGCCAAAUGAAUCAAUUUAGUUGCGAUAAUGGUUGCAUACCCAGCAGUUGGCAGUGCGAUGGCAAGAGUGAUUGUGAGGAUGGCACCGAUGAGGGCUCGCAAUGCCCGAAUCGUCCAUGUCCGGCCCAUCAGUUCCAGUGCAAGAGCUCGGGACGUUGUAUACCCCAGAAAUGGGUUUGUGAUGGUGAAAAAGAUUGCCCCUUGGCCCCCAAUGGUCAGCAAGGUCACGAGGACGAGGGAGCACAUUGUGGAGGAGUGGCACAUUUGCCCGAGUGUUUGCCACCAGCCUUUCAUUGUUCCAGUGGCCUGUGCAUUGAUGCGCACUAUGUGUGCGAUGGUGACGAGGAUUGCCCCGGCGGUGACGAUGAAUACGAAGGUUGUGAGCCCGUAUAUCCCGCACAUGCCUGUCCUGGCGGCGCUCAAAUGCAUCAAUGUCAAGAUGGUUUCUGUAUACCAAAGAAUCAAACAUGUGAUGGCAAAUCCGAUUGUCCCGAUGGUUCCGAUGAGUUGGCUAGCCUCUGCUCGCAUACUCGCUUAUGCAAUGGAGCCGACGAUUUCCGUUGCAAGAAUGGAGCCUGCAUCAGUGCGGACUUACUCUGCGAUAGACGCAAUGAUUGUGCCGACUUUUCCGAUGAGGAGCUGUGUAAUGUGAAUGAAUGCAUGAUCAAGGAUAUCUGUGAGCAUGAAUGUGUGGACAAGGUGAUUGGUUACGAAUGCCGUUGCCGUGAGGGUUACAAAUUGUUACCCAAGAGCACGCAUCUCUGUACGGAUAUUGAUGAGUGCGCCGAGGAGCAGCCAUGUUCGCAGACCUGCAUCAAUACCUACGGUUCCUACAAAUGUCUAUGUGCCAAGGGCUAUGAGCUAAGGGAUCAUCAUACUUGCAAGGCCACUUCGGAUAUUCCCAUGAAAUUAAUCUUCUCCAAUCGUUAUUACAUACGCCAAGUGAAUGUCACUGGAAAUGGUACAAUACUCAUCAAUCAAUUGUCCAAUGCGGUGGCCUUGGACUUCGAUUGGGAUAGUCAGUGUCUGUAUUGGUCCGAUGUCACAAGCACAGUGGGCACCAUAAAGAGAUAUUGUGAGCUGGAGAAUAAAACUCAAACCCUUCAUCAGGCAAUGCUUAAAAAUCCCGAUGGCCUGGCAGUUGAUUGGGUGGCCAAGAAUCUCUAUUGGUGCGACAAAGGUUUGGAUACCAUAGAAGUAUCUCAAUUGGAUGGCAAAUAUCGCAAAGUGUUGAUCAAUGAGAAUUUACGUGAACCGCGUGGCAUUGCUUUGGAUCCAUAUCAGAGGAAUAUCUUCUGGUCCGAUUGGGGUGAUAGCCCACAUAUCGGCAAGGCUGGCAUGGAUGGCUCUAAUCCUCGCAUGAUUAUCAGAGACAAUCUAGGCUGGCCAAAUGCCUUGACCAUUAGCUUUGAGACCCAACAACUUUUCUGGGGUGACGCUAGAGAGGACACCAUAUCGGUCAGUGAUCUGGAUGGUAAUCACACGCGUCUACUCUUGGCCAGAAGCAUUAAUCCUCAUAUCAAUUUACACCACAUUUUCGCCAUUGCCGUGUGGGAGGAUCGUAUAUAUUGGUCUGAUUGGGAGACCAAAUCCAUUGAGUAUUGUAACAAGUAUAAUGGCCAAAAUUGUUCUACAUUGAUAACGACUAUACAUAGACCCAUGGAUUUAAGGGUAUACCAUCCAUAUCGCCAACAACAACCAUUGAGUGGUAAUCCAUGUCUAACUGCAAAUUGUUCCACCUUGUGUUUGCUUUCGCCAGAGGCGCCCUACUAUAAAUGUGCUUGUCCCAAUAAUUUUAUACUGGCCGACGAUGGACGCACGUGUCGGGCCAAUUGCACGGCUGCUCACUUUGAGUGCGUCAAUACGUACAAGUGUAUACCCUUCUAUUGGCGCUGUGAUACCCAGGAUGAUUGUGGUGAUGGCAGCGAUGAACCUGAGAAUUGUCCACCCUUCCACUGUGAACCGGGUCAAUAUCAAUGUGCCAACAAAAAGUGUAUUCAUCCCUCGUCCAUUUGUGAUGGCAUCAAUCAAUGUGGCGAUAAUACGGAUGAAUUGAAUUGCGAGAAGUUCACCUGCUUUGACACGCACAUGAAAUGUGGAGCCACUACGAAUACUUCAGCCUUUUGUGUGGAGAAUAGCAAACGUUGUGAUGGCGUGCACGAUUGUCCGGGCGGUGAGGAUGAGGCCGGUUGUAUUCCUCUGGUAUGCAAGAAAGAUCAGUUCCAAUGUGGCAAUAAUCGUUGCAUGCCCAAUGUCUGGGUAUGCGAUGGCGAUGUCGAUUGUCCCGACAAAUCGGAUGAGGCCAAUUGUGAGCAUGUUUCCUGUGAACCAAACGAUUUUCAUUGCAAUUCGGGACGAUGCAUCCCAUUGGCCUGGCGUUGUGAUGACGAACAAGAUUGCCCCGAUGGAGAGGAUGAACCAGCCAGUUGUUUCACCUCAAAGGCCACCUGUGAUCCCACCUACUUUAAGUGCAAUAACUCUAAAUGUAUUCCCGGGCGUUGGCGUUGUGACUAUGAGAACGAUUGCGGCGAUGGCAGUGAUGAGCUCAAUUGCCAAAUGCGAAAUUGUUCCGAGAGUGAGUUCCGUUGCGGCACGGGCAAAUGCAUUAAGCAUGAUUAUCGCUGCGAUGGUGAAAUCCAUUGUGAGGAUAGCAGCGAUGAGAUCAAUUGUAACAUCACCUGUAAAGCCAAUCAGUUCAAGUGUGCCGCGUUUAAUACCUGCAUUAAUAAACAAUAUCAAUGUGAUGGAGAUGACGACUGUCCCGAUGGCUCCGAUGAGGUCAAUUGCACUUGUCCGGCCGAUCAUUUCACUUGCGGCAAUGGCAAAUGUAUUAUGUCACGCUGGAAAUGCGACGGCUGGGAUGAUUGUUUGGAUGGCAGCGAUGAGAGUUAUGCCACCUGUGCCCAUGUGCAUUGUCAUGCCAAUGCGUUCAAGUGCACCAAUUUGAUUUGCAUACGAAAAUCGGCGCUUUGUGAUGGCAUCAAUGAUUGCGGCAACAAUGAGGAUGAGUCGGAUGAGGUGUGUGCUGCCUUGCCCAAGUGUCGGCACGAUCAAUUCCAGUGUGAGAACGAUGAUUGCAUCAAUAGUAUCUUCCGUUGCGAUGGCCAAUAUAAUUGUAUUGAUGGCUCCGAUGAGAUGAAUUGCACGCCACCGGUUUGUGGCUUUGCAAGUUGCUCACAGAUCUGUAUUGAGAAGAAGGCUGGCCACUUUAAUUGCAAGUGCACGGAAGGUUAUCACAAGGGACCACAAAAGAAUGCCACUUGCUUGGCCUCGGGACCAGAUCAAAUACUUUUAUUGGCCUCGGAACAGGAAUUCCGUUUUAUAUUGCCUGCCAAACAGGAGGGCACCACUGUGGUUGGAUUUUUCCAAACGGAUAGCUUAAAGAUAGAUGUUUUCGAUAUACUUAUAAGACCCAAGGACACAUUGCUCUUUUGGAUUGAUUCUCAUCACGGUAAAGUGCAUACCAUGAAGAUAGCCACGCCUCAUGUGGAGGGACAGGGAGUGCGAGUAAGACGUGAUCUCAAGGAACUAAAGGCCUUCGAUAUUCCUGAAUUAGACGAUCCAAAAUCUUUGGCCGUGGAUUGGAUAACGCAACGUGUCUAUAUAAUCGAUUCGCGACACAAUCAAAUUCUGGCCACCGAUAUAGAGGGCAAGAAGUAUAUCUCACUUGUGUCAACGGGAAUGAAUCCUACUGAUAUUGUCCUGGAACCCGAAUCACGUAUUAUGAUAUGGUCAACCCUGGAGAAUGGCAUUUUGGUAGCCUCAUUGGAUGGUUCGAAUAAGAAGAGUUUGGUAGAACGUGAUGUGGGUUGGCCCCUGAGUUUGUCCAUUGACUAUCCAACUGGUCGUUUGUAUUGGGCAGAUUAUCGCAAGGGAACCAUUGAGACGUGUCGUCUUAAUGGCAAAGAUCGUAAUGUUGUGCGGCGGUUCGGAAAUCGUGAUAAGCCACAGAAAAUCGAUGUCUUUGAGGAUUAUCUGUACAUUAAACUCUACGAUCAGAGCAUCAUUAAGAUGAACAAAUUUGGUCAUGGCAAUGGCACUUACUUACUCAAAGGUUAUCGCUCAUCGGACAUUGGUAUAUUGCAUCCAAUGAAACAGAAUCGUAAUAUAAGCAAUCCCUGCGCCAAGGAUCCAUGUAAAGCAUCGCGGGCCAUGUGUAUACUUUCUGCAGAAUCAGACAGUGGCUAUAGUUGCAAAUGUGCCGAUGGCUAUGUAAUGGCCGAGGAUGAGGGCAUAUGUAAGGCACAUGCCGAAAUUCCGGAUUACUGUCCGUUGCAGUGUAACAUUGGUGUUUGCCAGAUUGUCAAUGAUGUGCCCAAAUGCAUAUGCCAGGCUCAAUUCGAGGGUGAAUUCUGUGAGCAUUAUCGUUGCUCUGGUCAUUGCCUGAACUAUGGACUUUGUACGGUGGCUCCUCAAUUGCCGGGCUCACAGGAUCCGCCACCAUUGAAAUGUACUUGCACGCCAGGUUGGUCUGGAGCCCGUUGUGAGACUUCGAUGCCCGUUUGCCAGAGUCGCUGCCAUAAUGGUGGCUCAUGCUUGAUCUCUGAGACGGAGGGCAUGAAAUGUAGUUGCCCCGAAAUGUUCCUGGGCGAACAAUGUGAACAUUGCCUGAAUCUGAGCUGUGAGAAUGGUGGCAUUUGUCGCGAAACUCUACGGGGAAUGCCUCAAUGUGAGUGUCCCGAUGGUUAUACGGGCAAACGUUGCGAGUUCAAUGAAUGCACGGAUUUCUGUAAAAACGGAGGCACCUGCAGCAUAGGCAAUAAGGGUCAGCGGCAAUGUCGCUGUCCCAGCGGCUACUACGGAGAGCAUUGCGAGGCGAAUUCCUGUCGUGAUUUCUGUCAGAAUGGUGGAACCUGUGCGGAUCGUGGCCAUCGUUUGAGUUGUACUUGUCCCUCACGUUAUAUAGGCGAACGCUGUGAAUCGGAUCUCUGCAAGACAUCGAAUCCGCCACGUUUCUGUGAUGCCUCCGAGGUGCCAUCGCGUAAUCCCUGCACUGGCAUCAUAUGCCAGAAUAGUGGCACUUGUCACGUCAUCAAGGGCGUGGCUAUGUGCAAUUGUACAGAUCAAUGGAAUGGUGACUUCUGUACCAUGCCCGUGGGUGAUGACAAUCCUUGUGUGCGUUAUUGUGCCAAUGGCGGCGUUUGUCAUCUGGAUGAGUAUUCGCUGCCCCAUUGCAGUUGCAUUGGGGAAUGGCAGGGCAAUGCCUGUGAAUUGCCACCGCAUUGUGUGAGCGAAUGUGGCGUUUGUCGAACGGGUAGCUCCAUUAACGAGUGUCUCUGUGAUGGUGCCGGAGGCAGAGUUGUGCCCUGUCUGGCGGAUAGUGCCGAUGCUCUAAGUGGCGAGCAAGAAGAGCAUUCACAAUCAGCUAAUCUGCUCUCGGUGCUGGCUGUCAUUUUGGCCAUAGUUUUGCUGGUAUUAGCUCUAUUCGGUGGAGCUGUUUACUUUUUGAAAAAACAUCGCAUAGCUCAGCCUUUCUCACAUGCCCGCCUCACGGAUAAUGUGGAAAUAAUGCUCACCAAUCCCAUGUAUCGCGGUGAUGCCGAUGAGGCGCCACCAUUUGCCAAUGAAGAUGAUAAGGGUAACUUUGCCAAUCCCGUGUACGAGUCCAUGUAUGCCGAUGCCAUUGCAGAGCCCGCAAGCGUAGAGAUAACCCAUAGCACAGGAACCGAUGAGCGUAAAGGUCUACUACAACAUACCCACGAUGAGACACAUACGCCCGAUAUACUCUGAUGAUUGACAUCCGAUAUUGAUCCCGAUCAUGAUCGUGAACUGUGCUAAGCGCAGUCCCCAAUCCUAAAUCCAAAUACUACUGCUAUGUUUAGGCACCUAAAAAAAAAAACAACAUAAAAUAACGAAA